AUAUAAGAAGAGGACGAAGUCACGAAGAUUAUUACUUCCCUCGGUUCCGGCGGUUAAAUCUCACAGACGAUUCGAUUAUCUCCGUCACACGCCGUCUUCACCGUCGAAUUCUUCCCGCCGGGAACGAAUGGCUUUCUGGACAUUGAUAAAAGGUCUGCUCCUCUUUGCAAAUGCGUUUGCAAUCCUCAACGAAGAUCGUUUCCUCGCUCCAAGAGGAUGGACACUCGAAAAACUCCACCAAACCGGUAGAAGAAACUCUCCCAAAGGCCAAAUCAUCGGUCUAAUUUACGCCUGCCAGUACAUGAGAUUGCCCCUCUUGCUCAUCAACCUAGUAGUCAUCGCCAUGAAGAUUAUCGCCGGUUAAAGAUUUUGUGUAUAAACUGCAUUACAUAUCUAAUGUAGGAAGGUUCUCUUCUACCUAGUCAAAAGUAUCCCUUGUAGUCAAGUUGGGUGUGGAUCAUUUUACAUGCUGAAACAAACUAAUCAUGCCAAAGAGAAACAAUGUUGCAAAGUUCACACAUGAAAGGAAAACAAGUGGGCUACAUUACAUUAGCCAAUGAAGAA